UAUACGUAAUCAUAAUUCAUAUUUUUUUACUACAUAAUCUAUGUACAUAGAAAACUCUUAUAAUUGAUUUGGUGGUUAUGGCAUUUAUUACGAACAUGCGAGGUGUUUUGAAAUUGUAUAAGAAAUUAUUAACAAAAUAUCCAUUGAGGGUACAAGCUAUUCAAGCUGGUACAUUGAUGGCACUGGGAGAUCAGAUUGCACAAAACUUAGUUGAACGAAAGAGAAUUCAGGACUUAGAUUUAGUACGAACAGCUCAGUUUGCAAGUAUAGGUUUUUUUAUUGCAGGUCCAGUGACACGAACUUGGUAUGAAAUAUUAGAUAAACAUAUUGGUUCUAAAGGAGGAACUGUAGUAUUUAAAAAAGUGUGCUAUGAUCAACUGCUUUUUGCACCAACAUUUUUAUUAGUUUUAUUAUCUGCAAUUGGUUUUCUACAAGGGAAUGAUAUACAAAAUUUGAAAGUAAAAUUAGGAAAUGAAUACACAGAUAUUUUGAAAAGUAAUUAUAAGAUUUGGCCUAUGGUUCAGUUACUCAACUUUUAUUAUAUACCUCUGCAGUAUCAGGUUUUAAUAGUGCAAUCAGUAGCUCUAUUAUGGAAUACCUACAUUUCCUAUAGGACCUGUCUAAGAACACACGAAUAGGUAUAAGAAAUAAUUA